UUUACGUAACUGUACUUCAGAGUUCGAACCCAGCUUCGAGAACCUGGACGAGGUCCACGUGUUGUUUUAUUUCUUUAUCAACAUGGCCGCUUCUUCUUCUUCUACGUCUCUUUUCAAACUGCUGCUGCUGCCGCGGCUGCUGAGGGAACCGUUUCGCUGCAGGACCUCCGGUGCCACACGCACAGCGGUCCGUGCGUUCUCCCGCCCGGCCCCGGCAGGUGGUUCCCUGCCGCACCGGGCAGAGGGCACCGGGGCGGUGACGGCUCUGACCGGGGCCGUGGACCGGUUCGGGGGCGUCACGGUGCAGCUGAGUGACGCCGGUUUACCCGCUGACAUCAGCGAGAGUGUGUUCAGCGACUUACUGCGAGAUGCGUUGGUGCGGUGGAGAGCCGAGGGGAAGGUGGCAGUGUGGCUCCGAGUUCCCAUCUCGCUGAGCCGGUGUGCAGCCGCCGCCUCUGCUCACGGCUUCGCCUUCCACCACGCCCGGCACGACCACGCCGUCUUGGCCCUGUGGCUCGGAGAGGGCCAGAGCAGACUGCCGGGGUUUGCAACUCACCAAAUUGGAGUGGCAGGUGCAGUAGUGGACGAGUCGAAUGGAAAAGUUCUUGUCGUCCAAGACAGAAAUAAGACGAUGAACGCGUGGAAGUUUCCCGGUGGUUUGUCGGAUCCAGGAGAAAAUAUCGGUGCCACUGCCGUACGUGAAGUAUUCGAGGAAACCGGCGUUCGCUCCGAGUUCAGAUCUCUGCUCAGCCUUCGGCAGCAGCACAACCACCCCGGCGCCUUCGGCAUGUCGGACAUGUACAUCAUCUGCCGACUCAGCCCGCUAACGUAUGACAUCAACUUCUGCACUCAGGAGUGUCUGCGCUGCGAAUGGCUGGACCUCAGCCAGCUGGCCAAGACCAGCGAAACCACGCCCAUCACGGCUCGCGUGGCCCGGCUCCUGCUUCACGGGCUCGAGCGCGGCUUCGACAGCAUCGACCUCGGCGUGGAGGAGCUCCCGGCCGUCUACUCAGGGAUGUUCUACCAGCUGUACCACAGGCAGCUUCCUCAGACACUGAAAUCCUAGCACGCCAUCAUCAAACUGGGUCAUCGAGGAUCAUGAUAAGCUAUGUUGACACACGGGUUUGUCAGUAUUAAUCAUAUUUAAAGUGUAUUUAUGAAUGGAGUGUUUUGACUGUUGAAGAAAUACGGUGCAAUAGACUGAACUACAGCACUUUGUGCGUUUUUAAAGGAUCCGUUUCCAUGACUGCAGAGUCUCAUACGGUUCAUCUCACACUUGAAGGACCUACACAACUGUUGUGUGGCUGUGAUUCUACAGUUACCUCUUGUUUAUACAUUAUUCUCCUGUGCAAUGAACCUUCAGGGCUUUUUACACAAUUCUCUAAUUAUACAAGGACAAAUCAGGGAAUGUUGUUUUACCAGAACAUUAAGACAAACCCAUUAAGUUAGUGGAGAUACUGAACAUUGUAGAAAAGAAGUUUGCAAGUACCUAAUGGGUUGUGAUUUGCUGUGUUUAGGUUUGUCAAAUAAAAUGUUAGAAAAUUCA